CAGUCGAUCCAUCACAGUCAGCGUUGAGCCGCGUCUCACCGUAUCAGAUAAAGAAAGCGGCGGCGGUGGCGAUCUAGCCCAAAAACCAACCCCCACCUGGCCCCCGGAGGAAGAUAUCACCAUCACCGUGGCACCGGCGGAAAGUCGCGGCUCUAGUAGCCCUCAGGACGCCAAGAUGCUUGUGCCACCGGACAUGCUGGCGGCCCAGUCCAAGAUGGUCUAUCAACUCAACAAAUACUACACCGAGAAGGUCCAGGCCAGGAAACUACAGACCUCCAAAACGAUACAAGAAGUCUGCCGAGUUGUUCAAGACGUUCUGAAGGAAGUAGAAGUCCAAGAACCGCGCUUUAUCUCAUCCCUAACCGACUACAAUGGAAGAUACGACGGUUUGGAGGUGAUAUCCCCGGUGGAGUUCGAAGUGGUCAUCUACCUGAACCAGAUGGGUGUGUUGAACUUUGUGGACGACGGUACCUUACCCGGCUGCGCUGUUUUGAAGUUGAGCGACGGCAGGAAGCGGUCUAUGUCUCUGUGGGUCGAGUUCAUCACCGCUUCGGGAUAUCUGUCGGCCAGAAAGAUGCGGUCCAGGUUCCAAACUUUGGUAGCUCAAGCCUGUGAUAAGUGUUCAUAUAGAGACUCUGUUAAAAUGAUAGCUGACACCACUGAAGUGAAGUUAAGGAUACGAGAGAGGUACAUAGUGCAGAUAACGCCAGCGUUCAAAUGUGCAGGCCUUUGGCCUAGGAGUGCGGCGCAUUGGCCUUUACCGCAGAUCCCUUGGCCGCAUCCGAAUCUUGUAGUUGAAGUGAAAACUGAGGGAUUUGACUUGUUGUCGAAGGAAUGUAUAGCUCUCCAAGGGAAGCAGUCUGCGAUGGAAGGUGACGCUUGGGUGUUAUCUUUCUUCGAAGCGGAGAAUCGGCUCUUGCAGGGCGGUUGUAGACGGAGAUGUCUCAGCAUCCUGAAAACUCUCAGAGAUAGACACUUGGAUCUACCUGGCAACCCAGUUACAGGCUACCACAUGAAGACUUUACUCUUGUACGAGUGCGAGAAACAUCCUAGGGAAAGCGAAUGGGAUGAAGCCUGUAUAGCCGACAGGAUAAACGGGAUAUUCCUGCAACUAAUUUCCUGCCUUCAGUGCAAAAGGUGUCCUCACUAUUUCCUGCCCAAUUUGGACUUGUUUAAAGGCAAAUCGCCUAGUGCUUUAGAGAACGCCUCCAAACAGGUGUGGAGACUCACGAGGGAGAUGUUGACGAAUUCUAGGUGUUUUGAUAAGUUGUAGUGUUGUUUUCUCUUUUUGUUAAAUUUUGUAAGUAUUUUUGAAUAUUGGAAAGUACGAUUCAUCCUUAACUCCAAAUUUAUAGGAAACUGUUAGUUAGGAAGUAGAUAAAAGUGAGUACUUACUUUUAAAUGAAAUACAAGAUAUUUUACAAGUAUUUUUGUUUCAAUGUUUUGCGAGGAAAAACCAACCGGAGUAACAAUUAAAACUAGGUGAUUUCAAGUAUUAUUAGGGAAAAUAUCUAUCAAUUUUAUUUAAAAUUUCUAAUAUAUUUGUCUAUCGCAAAACAUGUUUUAGUAAAAACGUUUAUUUUUUUCAUUUUUCCUGAAUGUGAUUAGAAUACUUAUUUUUGUUACUUAAUAUUAAAAUUAAAGUCAACGUUUGACUCACGACUCUAUUUUUCGAAACAAAGCGUUUUGGGACAUGUAUCAGUGUUGAAAAAAAUUCGUUCUGUUUCUUUUGGGUUACAUUACAUAUAUCUUCGGAGCUAAGGAUGGUUCUCUGUAAUUUUAAGCUGUUUUCACGUGUUACAUGGGACAAAAAUAAGUAGUUGUCCGUUCUUGUAAAAAUUAUAAUAAAUAACGGAUGGGUACCGCCCAAGGGGGUACCACGACGGGUAGUAGUGCGACGGUAAACGAUUGUUUUAAUGCUGGUACUAUUUGUUAUGCCCUUACUCAGCAGGAGCUCCGGGCCUUUCAAACCCGUCGCGUCGGGAAGCUGUAACUAUUCACUAUUUUUUUCUUUCAACUCAAGACUGUGAUUCUCUAGUAUAGACUGCUGUAUGAUUGUAAUUAAUUAGUAAGGUACGGUAUUUUUGUAAUAUAAA